AUGUAUUUGGUUGGCAUUCUUGGCUGUUGCAUUCUCUUGUAUGGGCCGCUAUUAAUCGCCGCUGCCGUCGUGCUUGCAAGGCAUCCACAGCUCCUACCCUUGGUGCUUGCUGCCGCCUUUGUCGCGCUUCUUAGUCCUUUCCUCACGGGGUUGCUUUAUCUCGCGAUAAAGCGGGCAUCGUUGGCGCCGUUGUUUAUCGUCGUUAGCGUCACUGUCAGCGAAGUGCUGCGGGUGUGGCUGCUUCUCAUCUUUUACCGCGUGGAGUUGCUGACGCGUCGUCAUGGCCAGCUGCUCGCCUUCAGCCCCAUGCGCUUUGCGCUCGUCUCUGCCGCCGUGGGAUAUGGGUUUGGGGCGGUGUCUGCCAUGCGCGGGGCGGGGACGCUGCUUGACUCCACGCGAAGGUUGACGUUCUACACGCGGGGGACGACGGCGUACGACCUGGGCCUCUGCCCCCGUCUCCCGCUGCUGAUGCACAGCACCCUGCAGUCUUUUAUGCUGCUGCUGUGCCAGGUGGCGUGGGGGGUGAUGACCGGGCAGGCCGUGGCCGCGUUGCAGGAGCCGCGGCAGCCGCGGAGGGGAUGGCGCCGACUGUUGUGCCUCUGCGGCGGCAGCGCGUACGACAGAGCUGCGGUUGUAGUGGACCAGCUGGAGCCGUGUCCCGACACGCCGUCCACGCCGAUGGAAGGCGACGUUCCGCCGCGGUCGCCUGGGGCGGAAAAGACACCGCCGCCGCCGCCCUCUUUAGCUCCUCUCUGUAUGGAGGAAGAACCGCCCGCCCCAGCUUUCCACGAGCGGGUUCAACGCACUCAACGAGAGGAGGAGGCGGCGGACGGCGAGGCGGACGACGCGAAGAUGGCAGAGGGAUAUUUGGGUCCGCUACCAGCGCCUGUGGUGGCGACUAACGACGGCGGUGGCUCCCAGCCGCUGCUGUCACCGCAGGAGAGGCCGCCGACGCCGCUCCCUGAGCCCACGCUGUUGUACAAGACCCCACUUCUGGCGGUGGCCUCGCUUGGCGCCGCCUUUCUGUUGCAUCUGGGCUUCGCGCUUGCCUCGCUGCUCAACCUGGCUGCCCACAACGUGGGGAGAAGAGGCGAGGGGUCACUGCGUGGCUGUGUGGUCUCUCUGCCGCUCCAGGCCACCAUCACGGCGGCCUCGCUUCUCUGGAUGGCCGCUCUGAUACGCCUGGAGCGGGCCAGGGUGACCUGCGCAGGAGUCUGA